AUGAAUCCUAGGACAGUUCACAGUGAGAUGCAGGACUUGGCAAAAUUGAAUCAGGGCUUUAUAAAUUCUGAAGAUCGCCGCUUCCUUCGGGAAUCAGUAGCGAGUAUGGAAAAUUCCAUGUCUCCCACUACAAGCCAUACAGCUGCAGGUGAGAUGAUCAGGGAGUCAGAUAAGCUCCUGAAAGAGGCUGGGAACAAAGAGAAUGAUUUGGAAAUUGAUGCAGAGGAGGUGAUUGAACCAGACCAAGAUGAUCACCAAGAGAUGGUAGACCGAAACUUGCAGCAACCAAAUGCUGCCAUUAGUGACUGUAACAGAGCCAUAGAGCUCAACCCUAACUUAGCACAGCCCUACAAGGUGCGAGGAAAAGCACUCCAGCUCCUGGGGCUCUUGGAAGAAGCAGCUUGUGACCUGGCCUUGGCUUGCAAACUGGGUUAUGAUGAAGAUGUCAGUAAUGUGGUCAAGGAAGUGCAGGUGAGAACCCAGAAGAACUCUGAACACAAAACAAAGAAUGAGCAAAAAUGUAAGCACAGGAAGACACUGGAGAGAGUGAAAAGGGCUCUGGCAAAAGAAAGAGCUGAUAAGACAGUCUCCUGGGAUCAGGAAAAAGCUCAGAGGGAGAAGGAGUCCAGUGAGGAGCCCGAGAGUGAGGAGAGUGAGUUGGAGAUUGAUAAUGAAGGGGUGAUUGAACCCGAUAAGGAUGAGCCCCAAGAGAUGGGCGAUGAGAAUCUGAAGGUAACAGACGAAAUGAUGAAGCAGGCCAUUGAAAAGAAGAGGGAGGCUUUUGAUGCAAUGGGUAAAGGAGAACUUCAAAGAGCUGUUGAUUUGUUCACAGAUGCCAUCAAACUAAACCCACGGCUUACGAUUUUAUAUGCCAACCGAGCCAGUGUCUAUGUGCAGUUGCAGAAGCCAAAUGCUGCCAUUAGAGACUGUGACAGAGCCAUAAAUAUCAACCCUGACUCCGCACAGCCCUACAAGUGGCGAGGGAAAGCGCUCCGGCUCCUGGGUUACUGGCAGGAGGCUGCUGAGGACCUGUCCUUGGCCUGUCAGCUGGAUUAUGAUGAAGAGACCAAUGCCAUGCUGAAUGAGGUGCAGCCAAGGGCCCAGAAAAUCACCCACCACUGGAGGAAGUAUGAGCAAAAGUGCAAGGAUGAUGAAUUUAAGGAGAUGGUAGAGAGGAUAAAGAAAGUCUUGGAGGAGCAGGAGAGUGCUCAGAAAGCCCUGGAAGAACAGGAGAUAGAUGAGAAAGCAGCCCUGGAGGAACAGGAGAAAUCCAUGAAGGAUCCUGAGACAACUGAGCAGAUAGUGCUGAAAGAACAGGAGGACAAUCAACAGGAGCCAAUGGAGGAACAAGAGAGAGCUCAGAAGAAGGCAUUGAAACAAGAGUCAGUUCAGCAGAUCGAUCUGGAGGAACAGUUAAUAGCUUUGCAGACUGAGCUGGAAGAACAGUUGAAAACUCAGCAGAUGGAGCUGGAGGAAGAGGAUAGAGCUCUGCAGAAGUUGCUGGAGGAACAGGAGAGGACCCAGAAGAAGGUGCUGGAAAAACAGGAGAGGACCCAGAUGAAGGCUCUGGAAGAACUGGAAAGAGCUCAAAACCUGGCUCUGAAGGAACUGGAAAGAGCUCAGAAGAAGGUCUUAGAGGAACAGGAAAAAACUCAGAAGGCAGCCCUGGAAGAACAGGAGAGAGCUCAGAAGAAAUCCCAGAAGGAAAAGGAGAGGGCUGAGAAAGCCCUGGAGGAACUGGCAAGAGCUCAUAAAAUGGCCCUGAAGGAACUGGAGAUUGCUCAGAAAAAAGGCCUGGAGGAACAUGAAAGAGCCCAGCAGAAGGCCUUGGCAGAACAAAAGAAAGCUCAUAUGGCUAUGGAAGAACUGGAGAAAGCUCAUAAGAAGCAAGAGAGAGCGCAGAAGGCUGCCCUAGAGGAGCAGAGGAGAGCUCAGAAGGCACUAGAGGUACUGGAAAGAGAACAGAGAAAGGUCAUGGAGGAGCAGAAGAGAGCUCAAAAGAAGGUGAUAGAGGAACAGGAAAAAGCCCAGAAAGCCCAGGAGGAACUGGCAAGAGUUCAGCAGCAGACUCUAGAGGAAAAAGAGAGAGCUCAGAAGAAGACCAGAGAGGAACAGGAGAGAGCCCAGAAAGCCCUGGAAGAACUGGUGAGAGCUCAGAAAGAGGCCCUAGAUGAACAAGAGAGAGCUCAGAAGAAGGCUACAGAAGAACAGAAGAGGGCUAAAAAGGCCUUGGAGGAACUGGAGAGAGCUCAGAAAAAAGCCUUCGAGGAACUGGAGAGAGCUCAGAAAAAGGCCUUGGAGGAACAAGAGAGAGCUCGAAAGAAAGNGGAACUGGAGAGAGCUCAGAAAAAGGCCUUGGAGGAACAAGAGAGAGCUCGAAAGAAAGCCCUGGAGGAACAGGAGAGGGCUCAAAAAGGCCUGGAGGAACUGGAGAAAGCUCAGAAAAAGGCAUUGGAGGAACUGGAGAGAGCUCAGAAAGAGGUACUGCAGGAACAAGAGAAAGCUCAGAAGAAAGCCCUGGAGGAACAAGAGAAAGCUCAGAAGAAAGCCCUGGAGGAACAAGAGAAAGCUCAGAAGAAAGCUCUGGAGGAACAGAAGAGGGCUCAGAAAGCUCUGGAGAAACUGGAGAGAGCUCAGAAAAAAUCCCUAGAGGAGCUGCAAAGAGUUCAGAAAGGGGUCUUGGAUGAGCCAGAAAAAGCUCAGAAGGCGGCCCUGGAGGAACAUGAGAAAGCUCAGAAAAAGGUUCCAGAGGAACAGGAGGAAGCUCAGAAAGAGGCCCCAGAAGAACAUGAAGGAACUCAUAAAAUGUUUUGUGAAGACCUAGAAAGAGCACAGAAAAAAGACUUAGAGGAAUGGGAGAAAGCUCAUGAAAAGGUCUGUGUAGAACAGGAAAGAGAUCAGGAGAAAGACAUAGAGGAACAGGAAACAGCCACGGAGGAACAACUGAGAGCUCAAAAAGGGCCAGAGCAUGCAACAAGUUCAUUAAGACCGCUCGCAAAAUCUAUUUGGGACUAUUUUGAAUCAGGCUAG